UUGUACCACGUUUUUUGAAUUUGAUAAUCUUCAACUCGAGUGAUAUUACAUAGAUGAAGUUUCUGCAGUCAAAUUUGACCAUGGAAGAGAUACAAGAUAAGGAAUCUAAGCUGAGAAAAGAGGUAGGAGAUGAAAAGAAACAUAUGAAUCUGGUCUUCCAGCAUAACUUGAAAAGUAUCCUAAUUUCUUUAUCAUUUUAUGGUUGAUGAGAUGGAAAAGAAACUAAUUAAAUUGUGGAAAGGUGUUACUCUUGUAAGUCCAGAAGAUAGAUUAGCCAUUGAGGGGUUGUAUUCGGAAGCUUUAAAUCAGAGGAGAAGGCGAAAAAGGAUCAGAGAUGUAUGGGAUGCCAUAACUGAGAACUCACCCAAAAAUCCAAAAGAGUUUAAGUUUUCAUGUGUAUUUCAGGAGGAACUUGGCGUUGAAUAUGACGAGGAUGUUGGCGUGAACUUUCAGUCUUUUGCUGACCUGAUCUAACAUGGCAGGAAACGUCGAUAGAGGCUACUGAUUAUAUUUACAUUUUACUGCAGGGAUAUACUUGAUCAGGUGUUUUAUAAGUAUAUAUUUGUAGACUUUAAAAUUUUGUAAUCUUGAUGUUUUGUAGCGUUAAUCUGCUUUUCUA